GUUAUUCUCAUUGUUAACGCUGUAAAUAUUAUUAGGUAAUUGAAUGUACCUACAGACAUGGUGAAAAGUAUCUAUAUAAUGUUAGCUAUAUUUUUUAUGUUAAAUGUUAUGAGUUUUGUAUAUGCUGGUGACCAAUCACAGUGUCUGAUUGAAAUGGAGAGAGCCGGAUUCGUGACACAAAAAGACGGAUGGUAUAAAAAUUUUCCUCAAUGGGAGACCAAACUUCAAAAUUACUUAGCCAGUGGUAAUUACGAAAACCUCGGAGAAUAUGUGAAAAGUUAUAUACUACGUAAUCGAAAAUAUGAAACUAAAACGGACCCGAUAAAUUUUUGUUCUUACGAACUUGCAUAGAUUGAUAUAAUACAUACAUAAAAAAUAUUAUUUUUUUUAUUAAAUUAUUGUUGUGUACCUACUUUUAAUUAUGGGGGUUAAAUAUAUAAGGAAAUUCGUACUUUAAUAGAUGAGAUGGUUUUAUAUUGUUAAAAUUUAUAUAAUAUAUAUUUAUCUAUAGUAAUACAUUUUAUUUGAUAUACUAAUAACAUUGAUUUAUUUGAUAAAGUUUAAUUUUUCUAUAUUAUAUUAUAUGUAUUAAGAAAGUCUUGCAAUCAUUAUAAUAUAUAUAUCUUUUUUUUAUUAAUUUGUGCAAAUGUAUUCAACAGCCUUAACGAAAGUGCAUAUCAUCACUUAAUAACUUACUUAUCUAUUAAAAAAUUUAAUUGAUUUUGAGUAGAUAAUGCAUGCAAGGCUGGGCAAUUGGUAAAUUUUUUAAACUCGUUAAAUUAAGUUAAUAUAGAAAAAUGAUUUUCAAAAAGUGAUUAAAAAUUUGCCGACUCAAAGUAUACAAUUUGCUGACUUCCAAAUGCAAAAAAUGGCUUUUUUUCAAAAAUGUUGCAACCCACCCCAAAAUAAACAAUAAAUAAAAACAAAGUUAUAUCAUUAAACAUUAUGUUUUUAAUACAUAUUUUAAAUGUUUGAUUCUUAUACUUCGAUUCUACGCUGUUUCAUAGUGAUAAGUGGUCACUGACCACUUCAAGUACCCUGGUAUCAAUUGUGUCUAAAAUAUCCAUACGGCUAUUUAAUUACAAUGAAAUAAAAUAAUAAAACAAAAAAAAAAUAGAAAUUAUUGUGUCCCCUGAUAUAUGCAUCCCCCCAUGCACGCUUGUAUCACCGGCCUUGUAUAUUUCUUGAAAACCGUGAUGAACUAUAAUAUUAUGAGUAUUAGAGGUCAUUUUUAUAAAUUAAUUACUUAUGUUUUUAAAAGUUUUAUGAACGAAAUAUGGAUAAAUUAAAUUAAAUUUUAUUUAUAUAUUAUUACAUGAUAUAAUCAUGAAUUCAUGAAUGUUAAUUGUUCGUGCCACGCAAUUUAUAUCGCAGACACUUAUCUGCGCGUUGGUCACCGUCCUUAAUUAUAACAUCCAUUGCAUGUAAUUAAUAAUAUUGUAUUCUCUUUGUUUAA